AGGAACCGCCGCCGCCAGAAGAAGUCCUCCUCCGCCAACGCCAACGCCAACGCCAACGCCGCGCCCCCCGCGGUGCCCGCCCCGGCCCCGGCCCCGGCGCCGCCCACGCCGAUGCAGCGCCUCUUCGACACCAGCCGCGAGGUCUUCGCCGCCUCCGCCCCCGGCUUCGUGCCGCCGCCCGACGCCGUCCUCCGCCUCUCCGCCAUCCUCAAUGAUCUGAAGCUGCAAGAUGUUGGCAUAGACACAAGCAUGACGUGCUUCAAGCGCAACGACUCCAGGGUGCCUGCUUCAGUCACCUAUCUGCAUUUCUAUGACUGCCCCAAGUUCUCGUUUGGUAUCUUCUGUUUACCCAAGCAUGCUGUGAUUCCUCUGCACAACCAUCCCGGGAUGACCGUCUUCAGCAAGAUGCUCUUCGGCUCCAUGCACCUCAAGUCGUAUGACUGGGCUAGAGCUAACUCAGAGGCUGGCCCUAACAACGCGCUCAUCACCUCAGAUGGGGCUCGUUUGGCAAAGAUAAACACAAACGCCGUUGUUGACGCUUCAGCCGAGACCAUAGUUCUGUACCCUGAAAACGGAGGCAACCUGCACUGCUUCACGGCGCUCACCCCUUGCGCUGUUCUGGACGUGAUGGGACCCCCUUACAACCACCUUGCUGGUAGGGACUGCGCCUACUACAGCGAGUCCCCGUUUGCAAACGCAGCCGGUGUGGUCGACGGGCGGUACUCGUGGCUCAAGGAAAUCCCAAACAACUUCCAGAUGAAGGGCGUAACGAUGCCGCGGUGCUUUGUCGUCUAGGAACCUGCAUCACCAUCAUCUGAAGGGCGGCGCUCCGUCCGUCUAGCUUCUUUGUGUAGAUAACAGUUGUAACCUGCGAAAGGCAGGCAGUCAGUGAGUCAGUUGUCAGUGUCAGUCCAACCUAGCUCUCACCAGGCUAGAACCUCUUUCUCUUUACCCUUAUUGAUGGGGGUUGAAACUAUCUCCCGUGGUCCGUCAGUUAUCUUGUUGUUGUCUUGAGUCGCGAUUUUCUGGUCGGUCUGGUGUGCGUGGGCAUGCAUGGUCACUCUUUCGUGUUUCCCUGUUGCACAGGCAGGCGUUUUUUGAUGGUGACCAUGUACCCAAUCAACCCAGAGCGCUGGUGAAAUCCCAGUCACAUUUGUUUCAUCAUCAUUGUUUCUUUCUUUC